GAGGUUUCAAAUUUUGAAUUGUCGUAACACGUAAAAUCUUAAAACAUGCUUUAUAAAAUUUACUACAGUGUUAUCUAGAAAGAAGGCCAAAAUUAAAUGAAUUGUGCAUGUAGAAUUGUAACACUAUCAACAAUAAGUGAUAGAGUAUUACACUGCAUUAAAUACAAUGGAAAAUGAACACAUUGUAACUGAUGACUAUAGUGAAAUAAUACAACGUCUUCCUUUUUCUCGGAAACUUUUAUAUGGAAUAGGACAUGUUUUGAAUGAUAUUUGUGCUUCUAUGUGGUUUACAUAUUUAUUAGUUUUUUUUCAUUUGGUAUUGGGAUUUAAUUCAAUCUCAGCUGGAAUAAUUUUACUCAUUGGUCAAAUAGCAGAUGCUUUAGCUACUCCUUUUGUUGGUUUUCAUUCUGAUAAGGAUGAUAACUUUGGAUUAUGUAAAUAUGGGAGGAGAAAAACAUGGCAUUUAAUAGGUACUUUAUGCAUAUUAUUUGCAUUUCCCUUUAUAUUUUCACAUUGUAUUGGUUGUGAAACAUCUCAUGAGUGGGCUCAAUUAAUCUAUUAUGCAGCAUUUGUGAUAAUCUUUCAGUUUGGCUGGGCUGCAGUACAAAUAUCUCAUUUGUCCCUAGUUCCAGAACUUACACCUUCUGAAUAUGAAAGAACAGAACUCAUAGCGAUCAGAUACAGCUUUACUGUUCUCUCAAAUAUUUUUGUUUACUGUAUUACAUGGGCAGUAUUACAUGUAACAGAUACUAAUGCUUCCAAUUCCCAAAUUGGGCCCGAUGAUGCAAAGAAAUUCCAGGAAGUUGUAUUUAUUGGAAUUGGAAUAGGAGCUAUAACAUCUAUAUUAUUUCAUAUCUUUGUCAAAGAAAACUUUGUUAAUAAUUCUGAUGGUUCGUUGAAUAGAAAUUCAAGAACAGUAUUAGUACUAUUAAAAGAUGUUCAAUUAUAUCAAGUAGCUUGUAUAUAUAUGCCUACUCGUUUGUUUGUAAACUUAUCACAAAUUUAUAUUCCUUUGUAUUUACACAAAUCAUUAAAUAUGCCAGCUACAUCUUUGGCUACAAUUCCUUUAAUAAUGUAUCUGAGUAGUUUUGUGAUGUCUUUAAUUAUAGAAAAAUUGAAUACAAAACUGGGUCGAAAAGUUUCAUAUUGUUUUGGAGUUUUGUUAGGUGUAUUUGCUUGUAUUUGGAUACAAUUAGGUACUGGCUUAACAUACACGAAAUAUCAAAUCUAUCCAGUUUCCUUAAUAUUAGGAUCUGCGGGCUCUAUUAUGUUGGUGACUAGUCUUGGUAUUACUGCAGAUUUUAUUGGACAAAAUGUAAAUAGUGGUGCGCUUGUAUAUGGAAUUAUGAGUUUUACAGACAAACUUUGCAAUGGAUUAGCAGUUAUGCUUAUUCAAUAUUUAAGCUCUUGGAUUGAUUGUAAAAAUUACUAUAAAAGUGUUUUAGUUUAUGUUUGUGCUACAUCUGCAAUGGUUGGCUUAUUAAUGAUAUUAUGUAUAAAACCAUUUCAUCACAGUACAGUAUAUAAUACAUUACACUGUGAACAAACUAUAGAACAUGAUAAUGUAUUUAUUACUACAGAAACGAUAGAAAAUGAGCCUGACAAUUCAAUAAAUCAAGAAAACGUUACAUAGUAUAAAAAAGAUAUUUUCUAUGGAGGCUCAAAAAUUAUUGACCCUUCCGUAUAUAUUCUGAUAAAAUUCGACGAGAAAAAUCCAAAUAUGCAGGUUAUGGAUCUAGGAAUCCA